CAAACCUUGCAAAAACAAGUUUCAUUAUUAGUUCUAAACUCUUCACUUUCAUCUACACUAAUUGAUACAUCACUAAAUGAUGUAUCAUCUGUUAUCAUAUCUUCAGUUAAAUCCUCAUACAAGUUAAAGAAUUUAUUUAAUGAUGAAAAAAAAUGUUUAAAAGUUAAUAAAACCUCAGAAGCUAGUUUAUUCUUUGAUAUAUAUAAAGAAAAAAAACCAUUAGCUGUUUUUAAUAAGAAUUUUCCUAGAAGUCCAUUCAUUGAAAGGUUUUUAGAUAUUCAUCUUAUAGAUCAUAAAACUUUUUUGUGUUGA